AUGAUCGAAUUGGUGAAGGUGAACGAGAGUAUUCGAGUCAAUGGGUCCGUAAGAGACAUUGGCGCGGACUCAUUUGUGUGCAGGGUUCAGUACCUGAACGAUUUGGACCCUUUCAUUGAGUACAACGUAAGAGAACCCACCAGGCCUUUGUACCAUACCUUCAACACGACUAUUCCGCUAUCAUAUCAAAUUGCUGCCGUCCAUCGUUUAUUGCAAGCCCCACAUCGGCUCGACGAUGUCACGCUGCAGGUGUUUAAAGAUGGUGACUACGGGGCUUACUUGGACCUGGACUCAACUCUUGGUGAACAAGAUGAAGAGCUGGAGGGACUACAAGACAAGUAUUAUGCUUUUUUUGGAUAUACCCCCACUCUUUAU